AGAUGGCGCUAGCGGUCAGAUCUUAGCUUCUCUGUACAUUAGCCUGAAUACAUUAUAGUAUUUGUACCAAAACGAAAAUACAAAUUCUUAUUGGUGGAAUCGUUACAACGAUAUAGUUUUUUUUGGAUAUAAUACUACAAUUUUAGAGUUUCUUGGCUGAAUGAAUGCUCAAAGCAAUCCUAAUUUUAGUCGAUCAAAUUCGAGAUGUGGUAGACCGGAAACAAACAAAUAUGACGACGAAAUUCGUAAGUGUCAAUCUAAAAUCCUAUAUAUAUGGGGACCAGAGUGGUCAGGAGUUACAACUGAGUUAGAAUAUAUAAAAUCUCAUUUAAGAGACAAAGAUGGGAAGGCUUUCGAUCAUUGUUUCUAUACUACUCUCAAACAUAUGACGGAUAAGGAGAGUGUCAAAAUUGGCCAGACUUUAAAAAUAGUCCUUCAAAAGUGGAUCAUGGGCAUAGAUCCAGAGGCUAUAGAUGUUCCAGGUUUGAAUUGGGUGACUCCUUUAAUAGGAGUCUUUGAGCGUAAAUUUCAAGAACGUUUCCUUAUAGUAAUUGAUGAUAUGGAUCGUCUACGAGAUAUUAAUGACGACGAAGAAGAUAUACGCCAGAAUUUGUGUAAUCUAGCAAAACAUGAAAACGUCUAUUUACUACUAGGAAGUCAUGCGGAUAUGGUAAUAUCAAUUGGACAUGAAAUAAAAAUUCGUCUAGAAAAAAUCACUGAAGAAAGAUAUCCUUAUAAAUUUGCUAAAAUCAUACAAGGGUUGCCUCCAAUGAUAAAACUUCUUGACAACCUGGUUAAAGACGGUAUUGUAGGAGAUGAUGAAAUGCUUCAAAAGCAACUUAACGAAAUGGACAAAUCAGAGCUGUUGAAGAUUUUUGGACGUAAAGAUUUGAUGAAGGAAGAUAGACUGGAUCUUCGAGUUAAAAGUGUUAUAAAGGAUUUCGAAUCCGUCUUAGAAAAUGGUAAAGAAAUUAAACGCAAAAUAGCUGAAGGCGAAUAUGACAUUCAAAAGCUUCUUGGAAAUGAUAAAGAUAAAACCCGGUUUACUGAUAAUUUGAUAAAUCUUAUGGAGUUGCAUUCCAAAGGAAUUAUUCAGAGAGAUGAUAUGUCAAUUGCAUUUUACAAUGCAUAUGUCGAAGAUAAGUUAAAAACCAUCCUUUCUCAAGAGAUUGAUAGUGAAAAUGAUAAAGAAAUGAACAAUGAUCUUAAUAGGAAUGAUACAGUGCCAGAAAGUGAACCAGCAUCUCUAGAUUUUAUAAACAUAAGAAGAAACAUCGAUGCGAUGGAGCAAUUUCUAAGGAAUAUAGGUAUUUGCACUCUAGUUUAUAUAGCCCUACGGAUUGUUUGGUAUGCCAGGAAGUUUGUUAGGCAAUUUUUUCUUAGCAACAAUUUCAAUUUUAAAGCUUGUGGGGAAUGGGCGGUCGUAACUGGAGCAACCGAUGGUAUAGGAAAGGCGUACGCCUGUCAGCUAGCCGAACGUGGUAUGAAAAUAUGUCUGAUUAGCCGAAAUCCUAAAAAAUUGGCGAGAGUAGCAAAAGAAUUAGAGAGCCAAUACAAUGUUGAAACUAAGACUAUAGCGGCAGACUGUUGUAAAACAGAUAUCUACGAAACAAUUGAUGAUGAAUUAAAAGAAAUUGACAUAGGAGUCCUCGUUAAUAACGUUGGAAUAGGUCUUGGGCGAAAUUACGUUCAUAAUAUAACCGACCGAAAUGACAUUAAAAAUAUUAUUAUAUGCAAUAUGUUACCACUGACAAUGUUAUCUCACUCUGUUCUACCAUCAAUGAUAAAAAAGCGGAAUGGAAUUAUCAUUAACGUUGGCUCCAUAUCUGGAACAUUCGUUCAACCUUUUAAAGUAAUUUAUGGAGCUACAAAAGCUUACACAGAUCUCUUUUCAAGAUCUCUUCAAGAGGAGGUACGGGAAUUUGGGAUUAUUGUUCAAAGUGUGCUUCCCUCAUAUGUUAGUACGAAAUUGGUUGGACAUAUGAGUGUAAAUUUUAGCGUACCACUGCCAGAAAAGUAUGUUAGAUCUGCCUUGAAUACAGUAGGAGUCGAAAGUCGAACAUUCGGUUAUAUUCAACAUGCUUUACAAGGCUUAAUAUUCAACUCUCCCGAAUCAUUUUAUCAUGCUUUAAUGAAGCAAGAGUAUGAAGAAGUUAAGAAAUCGAUAAAGUCUAACAAAAUUAAAAAAUACAUAGAAUAA